UUAUUCUUUGUUAGUGACAGAGGUUCUCUCUGCAAAAUAGUUUCGUAUUAGAGGAAGUGCCUGUGUCCUCCCGAUCCGGGUGUUGGUGCAUCUCUCCGACUCAGCGGAUCCGGUUUGAUCUUCCCUUGAAGCCGAGUGGUACAUACAUACCUUUUCUUGAUCGUAGUUAUAGGGGGAUUCAUUAGCCAGCCAUGUUCUAUGGCACAGCUGUAUGGGACCCAUGGCUUAUUGUUGCGCAGAUUAUCUGCCUUCAGUGUUCCUUCUAUCUCUCUCUUGGAGUCUUCAUGAUCCUCUUCCUAGGCCUUCGUGUUCCUCGUCUUAGUCUUGUCUACUUUUUCGAUUACGCUACUCUCACUACUUCUACCCUCACCGGUUGGUGCGUCAUUGCUUCUUUCUUUUUCGCUUCACUCGCUGGGGCUGUGUACAUGAUAUUUUUGGUGGAACGAGCACGGAAAUGCCUUGAUUUCUCUGCAACUCUCUAUAUCAUACAUCUCUUCUUCUGCAUCCUGUAUGGAGGAUGGCCUUCGUCUAUGGCUUGGUGGGUUGUUAAUGGCACGGGGCUUGCUGUCAUGGCACUGCUAGCUGAGUACCUCUGCAUUAAACGCGAACAGCGAGAAAUUCCUAUGGAUCGUUUCCAUUCAAGGGUUUGAUGGUUGGUGUCUGAACAGUUGAUGAAGAUCACUCAUGAGGGUGACACUCGUAGAGCCUACUUCCAACAACAACAAAAAAAACUCUUAACAGUUGCCAUUUAUGUACUGAGAUGGAUUAUAAUUGGUAAACAAGUUCACCUAGAAAACCGUGUUGGACCACUAUUGAUACUGAUCCUAUCAAUCAGUGCACCAACUCUGCCUGUAAUCUUAGUUAGUGACUUGGAAAUUUGAGCUAUUUGGAAUACGUUUUGGUUGGAUU